AUGCCAGUCGAGAAUCAAAAUAGUAGUCAAGAGAGGACCUCUAAUAACAUCAGUAAGAAUGGUAACUCUCAGAUCGGAUGUCACACCGUUCAUAACGAAGAAUUGAAUAUCACUGUGGCAGUACGGUGCAGAGGAAGAAAUGAAAGAGAAAUAAGUAUGAAAAGUUCUGUGGUGGUCAAUGUCCCAGAUAUUACAGGUUCCAAGGAAAUUUCCAUCAACACAACUGGUGAUACGGGAAUAACCGCUCAAAUGAAUGCUAAAAGAUACACGGUUGAUAAAGUGUUUGGGCCCGGCGCUUCCCAGGAUCUGAUUUUUGAUGAAGUGGCAAGCCCUUUAUUCCAGGAUUUCAUCAAAGGUUACAAUUGCACCGUACUAGUUUAUGGUAUGACAUCCACGGGUAAAACCUACACAAUGACAGGUGACGAAAAGCUAUAUAACGGUGAAUUAAGCGAUUCUGCAGGAAUUAUACCGCGGGUUCUUUUGAAGUUAUUUGAUACGUUGGAAUUGCAACAAAAUGAUUACGUGGUAAAGUGUUCAUUCAUCGAACUAUAUAAUGAGGAAUUGAAGGAUUUGCUUGAUAAUAAUAGUAACAGCUCCAGUAACAAUGGAUUUGAUGGCCAAUUUAUGAAAAAGCUGAGGAUUUUCGAUUCAAGUACAGCAAACAAUACCACUAGCAAUAGUGCUAGCAGUUCCAGGAGUAGCUCGAGGAACAGUUCUCCAAGGUCGUUGAAUGAUCUAACACCUAAAGCUGCUCUACUAAGAAGGAGGCUGAGGACAAAAUCAUUACCCAAUACUAUCAAGCAGCAGCAGCAGCAUCAACAACAACAAACCAUGAAUUCCAGAAAUAAUUCUUCUUCUAAUUCAGGUUCUGCAACCAAUAACAUUUCUAGUGACACCAACAACAAUAAUGGUCAAAGAAAUUCAUUGGCUCCAAACGACCAAUCAAACGGGAUAUAUAUUCAGAAUUUACAAGAGUUUCAUAUAACAAAUGCCAUGGAAGGGCUGAAACUAUUACAGAAAGGUUUAAAACAUAGACAAGUGGCGUCUACUAAAAUGAAUGAUUUUUCCAGUAGAUCCCAUACCAUUUUUACUAUUACAUUGUACAAAAAACACCAGGAUGAACUGUUUAGAAUUUCCAAAAUGAAUCUUGUAGAUUUAGCUGGUUCAGAAAAUAUCAAUCGUUCCGGAGCAUUGAAUCAACGAGCUAAAGAAGCAGGUUCAAUUAAUCAAAGUUUACUGACAUUGGGAAGGGUUAUAAAUGCACUUGUGGAUAAAAGCGGUCAUAUACCUUUCCGAGAAUCAAAAUUAACUCGUUUACUUCAAGAUUCUCUUGGUGGUAAUACGAAAACGGCACUAAUUGCUACCAUAUCACCUGCAAAAGUGACUUCUGAAGAGACUUGCAGUACCUUAGAAUAUGCCUCAAAGGCUAAAAACAUUAAGAACAAACCUCAACUAGGUGCAUUCAUAAUGAAGGAUAUUUUGGUUAAAAAUAUAACUAUGGAAUUAGCAAAGAUCAAAUCUGAUUUGCUUUCCACAAAAUCCAAAGAAGGAAUAUAUAUGAACCAGGAUCAUUACAAGAAUUUGAACAGCGAUCUAGAAAGUUAUAAAAAUGAAGUUCAAGAAUGUAAAAGAGAAAUUGAAAGUUUGACAUCAAAAAAUUCAUUGCUGGUAAAAGAGAAAUUGAAGUCAAAAGAAACGAUUCAAUCCCAAAAUUCUCAGAUUGAAUCAUUAAAAGCCACUAUAGAUCAUUUAAGGACACAACUGGAUAAACAGCAUAAAACCGAACUAGAAAUAUCUGGCUUCAAUAGCAAACUACAAAAAUUGACUGAAGUAAUGCAAAUGGCUCUGCAAGAUUAUAAGAGAAGAGAGCUUGACCUUAAUAAAAAAUUUGAAACACAUAUUACUACGGAGAUUAAAAAUAUGAAAACCACUUUGUUCUCACAGUUAAGUACUUUGCAACAGAGAAAUAUUCUUCAAGAGACCGACAUCCAACCAAAUCUUGAUAUAAUCAAAAAUGAAGUAUUAACCUUAAUGGAGACUAUGCAAGAAAAGGCAGAACUAAUGUAUAAAGACUGUGUGAAGAAAAUUUUAAAUGAAUCUCCAAAAUUCUUCAAUGCCAUUGUUGAAAAGAUCGACAUAAUAGGAGUUGAUUUUGAAAGAUUUUACAAGAAUAUUGCUGAGAAUCUUUCCGAUAUUAGUGAAGAGAAUAAUAAUCUAAAGCAGUACUUCACAAACCAUUUCUUCAGAAAUAACCAUCAAGAGUUACUUAGUCAUCAUGUUGAUUCUACUUAUGAGAAAAUUGAAAAGAAAACAAACCAGUUUGUUGAAAACUUUAAGAAGGCUUUAAAUGACCACCUCGAAGAAAAUAAAAAACUAAUAAUGAAGAAUCUGACUACUACAACCAGCGCAGUUAUUGAUCAAGAAAUGAGUUUAUUUGAACCAAAGCGCGUUAAAUGGGAGCAUUCAUUUGAUUUGAUAAAUGAAUGUGACUCCAUGAAUAAUGAGUUCUACAAUAGUAUGGCGACAACAUUAUCGCAGAUCAAAAGUACGGUGGAUACCUCAUCAAAUUCGAUGAACAAAUCUAUUUCGGUUAUGAAGGGUCAGGUAGAGGAAUCAGAGAAUGCUAUAUCCCUGUUGAAAAAUAACAUCAAGUUCAAUGAUCAAUUCAAACAGCUAAUCAACAAGCACACAAUACUGAAGGAUAACAUAGAGAGUUCGAUAACAUCAACAAACUCUCACAUAACGAAUAUAGACGACAUUUACAAUACGAUUGAAAAAAUAAUGAACAACUAUGGUAACAAGGAAAAUGCUACCAAAGAUGAAAUGAUCGAAAAUUUAUUGAAUGAAAUACCGAAUCUGAGCAAGAGGAUGCCAUUAAGGAUAUCAAACACAAACAGUAAUUCAAUGCAAAAUAUAAUUUCUCCCAAAAAACAUGCAAUUGAAGAUGAAAACUCGUCUAAUGGGAAUCCAGACAGUGAGAGCUCCAGAAAAAUACUGAAGACCGAAUAG